AUGGGCCCCAUGGAUAUUAUCUAUGCCUGCGUGUCUAUAGUAAAAUCGAUAUUGGGAGCCGUAUUUUACAUUCUCGUAUCUCCACUUACGAUAACUCAGAAUGCUAGUACGCGAGUACAGCAGAAUCCGAGAGUUGCGGCUGAGAAAUUCAAGAGGGAGUUUGAAGAGAAGUAUGGGCAGAGACAUCCCGACUUUUUUGCUGGAGGUUAUUUACAGGCGUUGGAUCAAGCAAAAAGAAAUCAUCAGUUUUUAGUUGUAAUAUUACAAUCUGAUGAACAUUACAAUACAGACAAAUUUAACAGUGAAACUCUUACUUCUCCACAAUUGAUAGAUUUCUUCAGAGAGAAUGACUUUAUCGUAUGGGGAGGGAAUGUUCGCGAAUCGGAGGCAUAUCAAGGUCUCUCGACGGCCGAAAAUCUUUUGGUCAACCUCACCCGUUCCCUCCAACGCCACACGCCUCUUCUUGCCCGCCUCCGCUCUGAACGCGAAGCACACGAAGCUACGCGAGCUCUUCGAGAAGCACAAGACAAUGCAUAUUAUGCAUCCCUUCGUGCUGAUCAAGAAAAAGAUCGUCGCGCUCUCGAAAGUCUUCCGGAAGAACCAGGAGACAGAGAUAAAGGGGUUACAAGAUUGAGUUUUAAAUUCCCGGAUGGAAAGAGAGUUGUUAGACGGUUUCGAGAUUCGGAAAGCCUUGAGACAAUAUACACAUUUGUCGAUACGUACGGCCUUCAACGCUUUUCCUCACCAUCCAAGCCUCCAGAUAAUUACACACACGGAUACAAAUUUGUCCUCGUAUCACCAUACCCUCGCACUGUUCAUCCUAUGGAUAAGACAAAGAUCAUAGGAGAUGAGAAAGUAUUGUGUCCCAGUUGUAAUUUGAUUGUUGAGGAAAUUGAAAGCGACGACGAAGAUGGCGAUGACUGA